CAUGGGGAAAGUGAAAGGUGGCAAACAUUGGCCUUUGCAUAUUAGUAUUAUCUUGGUCUCCCUUCUGUUAUCUGCCAAAGUUAUCCAUAUCUAUAGUUGCGUUAUCUAGAGAUAUCCUAUUGAUGAUAUAGCAGAGCUGUCGAACUAAUUAUUUUCAUUCAGUUGUUUCAUUAUCUGCUACAAUGAUGAAAUCUGCUCUUGGUCUUUUCGUAUGUCUGGCAUACGUCGCCCUCGCUCUUGGACAAGACAGCUCUCAUUGGUGCUGCGGCAGUCCAAUCAAACCUGUUGAAAAGCUGAUUUCCAACCAAAAACCCCGAGAGGUCUCAAGGUCUGUGUCUGAGCUCGUGAAAGAAGGGGAAGAGAAAUGCAAUGAAGAUGAUGAGUGGUGGGAACCUUGGUGCCCCAAAUAUGUCACCAAAUACAGGUUGAAAUUCGCUUACCGAAUGGACACAGAAUACCAAAUGGUUGUUUCCCCAGGCGUAUGCCAGGACCCAAUUUGCUGCGAAGGAUUUGUCCUGUUUGCCAAACAAUGCAUGCGACCUAAAGAUGUUGAAAUGUACAAGAAGCUCAUUGAACGUGGACUCAUCGAUGUUUAAAAAUACACUGGUUUUAAUUUAAAAUAAAAUGCCUCAAGAUUGAA